AUGUAUGAGCAGGUGAUGGGAACACCUGCGGGUUCACCGAUUUCGGGACUCAUAUUCGAGGUGGUACUGCAAAGACUUGAGUCGCUGGUCUUCCAACACCACAGACGGAAAUUCAGGGCGCGUUGUAUGGAUGAUACCUUCGUCGUCCUCGAACGGGCUCAGGUGCUUACGUUUAAAGAACGCCUCAGCCGCAUCUUCCCGGACUUAUCAUUUACGAUGGGGGAGGAAGAACACAACCAACUGGCCUUAUUUGAUGUUCUCGUCUGUCGCAAGGACUGUGGUGACUUAAAGUCGAAAGUUUUAAGGAAAGCGACAAAACAAUGCGUGUACUAA